UGCCCUGCUCUCUUCCCGCCGCCUCUCCGCGACGUUUCGAGAAGCAGCCGCCGCCGCAGCCGCGAGACACCAGCCUCGACUAAAGGAUUACAGCGACCAAGCCGCCGCGUUGGGCUGACGAGGGGGGUGCGAGUGUGUGCGAGAGAGACAAUCUCAGCGACCGCGCGGCGCGGCUGAAAUGGAGGCGGCGGGUCAGCAAGGCUGACAUGGACCCGGGACACGCUCCGCGGCCCGCUGUCGGGCUUCACGAGCCGCAGCCGCUUCGGGAUGGCGUGGAGGACGGAAGGAAAGAGCUUCGUCCUUGGCUUGCAAAGCCGCGCCACCUGGGGAGACCCAGCAGUGAGCUCCGCCUCGCCGCCAACCCGGCGUGGACCUUAGUUUUGUAAUCCAUCGCAACCAUGAAGUCUCCAACGGCAGAUCUGCCCCGUAAAAGGAGGAUGUUGUGGAUUAUUCUUCUAAGCACAAUUGCCGUAGCAUGGACUACCCCCAUCCCUUUGAUAGAGGACUCGGAGGAAAUUGAGGAGCCUUGCUUCGAUCCCUGUUACUGUGAAGUCAAAGAAAGCCUUUUUCAUAUACACUGCGACAACAAGGGAUUUAUAAAUAUUAGUCAGAUAACGGAAUCCUGGUCGAGACCUUUCAAACUUUACCUGCAGAGAAACUCCAUGCGGAGAUUAUACACCAACAGUUUUCUCCACUUGAACAAUGCUGUUUCUAUUAACCUUGGGAACAACGCACUACAAGACAUUCAGACGGGAGCCUUUAAUGGGCUUAAAAUCCUGAAGAGGUUGUACUUGCAUGAGAAUAAAUUAGACAUUUUCAGAAACGAUACUUUCCUGGGUUUGGAAAGUCUGGAAUAUCUGCAGGCAGAUUACAAUGUCAUUAAGCGGAUUGAAAGUGGGGCAUUUCGAAAUCUGAGCAAACUUCGGGUCCUGAUCUUGAACGACAACCUUAUCCCCAUUCUUCCCACCAAUUUGUUUAAGUCGGUGUCCUUAACUCACUUGGACUUACGUGGAAACAGGCUGAAAGUGCUUUCCUACCGAGGGAUGUUGGACCAUAUUGGCAGGAGCCUGAUGGAGAUCCAGUUGGAAGAGAACCCUUGGAACUGUACUUGUGAUAUUGUUCAGCUGAAGAGCUGGCUGGAGCGCAUCCCUUACACUGCCCUUGUGGGAGACAUAACCUGUGAGACCCCUUUCCACUUCCAUGGUAAGGACCUGAGGGAAAUUAAGAGAAGUAAACUCUGUCCAGUGCUGUCUGACUCAGAGCUGGUCAGCAUUGGUGCCCCUCAGUUGCCCUCAAGCAAGGAGAAUGCAUGGCCUACUAAGCCUUCUUCCAUGUUGUCCUCUUUCCAUUUCACUGCUUCCUCUGUCGAAUACAAAACCUCCAUUAAGCAGCCCAGACCCACGAAACAGCCCAGGGCACACAAACCACCCCCUACUCCUCGAGGCCUAUACCCUGCGCCGAACCAGCCUCCAAUUGCUGGUUACCAGACAAGGCCCCCAAUCCCCAUCAUAUGCCCUACCGGCUGCUCCUGUAGUUUGCACAUCAACGAUUUGGGCCUGACAGUCAACUGCAAAGAAAGAGGGUUCCACAAUAUUUCAGAGCUCCUGCCCAGACCUGUCAAUGCGAAGAAGCUGGUGCUGAGUGGAAAUUUGAUACAGAAAAUUUACCGUUCAGAUUUCUGGAACUUUUCUUCCUUGGAUCUCCUGCAUCUGGGGAACAACCGGAUCUCCUAUGUGCAGGACGGGGCUUUUGUUAACCUGCCCAACCUGAAGAGUCUGUAUCUGAAUGGCAAUGACAUUGAGAGGCUGACCCCAGGCAUGUUCAGGGGUUUGCAGAGUCUGCAUUACCUGUAUUUUGAGUACAACCAGGUCAGGGAGAUUCAGCCCGCCGCCUUCAGUCUCAUGCCCAAUCUGAAGUUGCUCUUCCUCAAUGACAAUCUCCUGAGGAACCUGCCUACUGAUGCCUUUGCAGGCACCUCACUGACCAGGCUCAACCUGAAGAACAACAAAUUCCUGUACUUGCCUGUGGCUGGUGUGCUGGAGCACCUCAGUGCCAUUGUACAAAUUGACCUAAAGCUCAACCCGUGGGAUUGCACGUGUGAUCUGGUGCCUCUCAAGCAGUGGAUCGAGACCAUUAGCUCCGUCAUUGUGAUGGGCGAUGUCCUUUGUGCCAGCCCAGAGAACCUCACCAACAGAGAUAUCCGCUCCGUGGAGCUGGAAGUGCUGUGCCCCGAGAUGUUGCAUGCUGCUGCUGCCUCAGCAGCCCCACCAGCCUGGGGUCACCCUAGCCCCACCAGUCCGUCACCCUAUGAGCUCCCCCCGGCUGGAGGAGGCCCAGUACCACUCUCCGUGCUCAUCCUCAGUCUACUCGUACUGUUCUUUUCUGCAGUCUUCAUUGCUGCGGGCCUUUUUGCCUUUGUCCUACGCCGACGGCGCAAGAAGCUACCCUUCCGGAACAAGCAGCGGCAGGAGACCCUCGACUUAACAGGCAUCCAAAUGCAAUGCCACCAUCUCUUUGAGGAAGGAGGAGGUGGAGGAGGCGGGGGAAUCAGUGCGUCCCCGGAGAAGGCCCCCCCAGUGGGCCACGUGUAUGACUACAUCCCACACCCAGUGACCCAGAUGUGCAACAACCCCAUCUACAAGCCCCGCGAGGAGGAUGAAGUGGUGUCAGGGGAGCCUGGGCAACCUGGGGACAUACUUUUGGGAGGAGGAGGAGGUGGAGGUGGUGGAGGUGGUGUCUGUGCAGGGGAACAGUUUGCCGAUCCCACUAAGGACAGUGGGAGCAGUAGCUGCUACAGGACCUUGCUGGAGAAGGAGAAGGAGUGGAGCCUGGCUGUGUCCAGCUCGCAGCUCAACACCAUAGUGACCACCAACCAUCACCCGCACUCCCAUCCCCCCGGAGGGGGAAUUGGCGGGGGACUGCCUCUCAUGGGGGAGCUAGCACUGGUGCCGCCUGUCUUCCAUCAUGAGAAGAACGGUGGGGUGGUGCUAUUCCCCCCUAGUGGUGCUGUUCUAGACAGCAGGGACAGGCCGCCCUUAGCCCCUCCGUGCACAGUGGGCUUUGUGGACUGCCUCUAUGGUACAGUGCCCAAAUUAAAGGAACUGCACGUGCACCCCCCUGGCAUGCAAUACCCAGACCUGCAGCAGGACGCCAGACUGAAAGAAACCCUCCUCUUCUCGGCUGGUAAGGGCUUCCCAGACCACCACCAAACCCCCCAAAGCGAAUACCUCGAGUUAAGGGCCAAACUCCAAACCAAGCCGGAUUACCUCGAAGUCCUGGAGAAGACCACUUAUAGGUUUUGAAAAUGUCUAGCUUUCACAGCCAAAUCCCAGACCCACCCCCAGCCACAGCGCCCAGCCCUCCAAGUCCCCAUCCUCUGCUCCCCCCUUCCCAAAACCCACCGCAUGCUGAUACUAGAGGAUACCGCUCUGCGCUUUCCCCCUGCCAGACGAUGGUUUGGAGGGAAGGCCCUACUCAGAUGCUCAUGAAUCGAUAAAGUGCCUUUGCAGACUUUUGCCAGCAGAUGUUAAUCAAUCAUUAUUUUUUUAUACUGAAAAAUGGAGACUUUGACUGUGCCAUGUUGUCUAAGGUAUAAGAAUAUUAUUAUAAUUAGUAUCAUGGGGGUUCUUUGCCUCAGUCCUGACAAAGUAAAUUCUAUGUGUGUCACUCUACACUCUCUCUCUCUCUCUCUUGCAGGCUUUUUUUCUGUUUUUUUUUUUCCUCAAAACAAAAGAAAACAUUCUGUUCCGUUCUUUCUUUUUUACAUUUAGGGGA